AUGUCGUUUACGGAUCUACAACCAGGCUCAACUUAUGUGUACAAACUUCAAACAAAGUUUGCUGGAUUAGAAGUUGAGACAGAGAGUAUUCCCGAAAUAGAAGUACACACACCAGAAGCGGUUUACACUCCAAUCAAUCCAAUGCUUACAAAGACGGCAGACAAUACCUGGUCUAUUGACUGGUCGGGCCAAUUGGAAGCGCACAAGGGCAAUGCAAGAGUACAUGUGGUACUCACCAAAGGAGAAAAAUUACAGUGGUUCUCAAUUUCCGCCAGUCGACUUCGACACUCGUUCCCAAUCUGUUCAUGGAACGAGGACCCUUAUGUGUUUUACGCUAUCGAAAACGCAGCCGGAACGUCGCCUUAUAUAUUCGUAAGAGACGAAGCUGAUUUUGAUCGCGAAUUUACUGACCAGAAGGUCCGUCGUUCGAAUCCGACCUCUGCAUCUCGACUUCCCCUGUGCAUGCUUGAGCAACCUGGCAGUACAUCAGUCAUCGUGUUUCACUCUGGCGGCAUAGUAGAUAAGCGCGGGAAGGUCAAAAAUAAACCCGCAACUCCGGCAACUAUCACCCUUAAGAAUCUUCCCGAUCACUUGGGUCAUUCUCUUUCCUGGACUGGCCCAUCCAAUGACCCCGCUUGUCCGGGACGGUACAUCUACAAAGUCGAGAGAACUGACUGGGCUACACCAGCGGUCAAAAAAGUUUACAGAACCAGUUGGGGCAGAUCAACUUUUCUCGAUGUUGAACCGGGGAAAACAUACGGUUACCGCGUCUCCGCUAUUGACGACGACCUCCAGACUGGAGAAUUUUCUUCCUGGAUGAAUGUCACGACACCUCAAUAUGGUGACCAUCGAUGUCUUCGGAGCAUUGCCUGA